CUGUUUGAUCAUCGCUGUUUCAGAGAAGAGAGAGAGUGUGUAAGAACAGAGAGUAGAGAGAGAGGGGGUAGAGAUGGUGACAUCGCCGGUGGUGAACACGUACCCUCUCUCGAGCUACACCUUCGGGACGAAGGAACCGAAGAUGGAGAAAGACACUUCAGUCGCAGAUCGCCUCGCUCGUAUGAAACUCAACUAUUUGAAAGAAGGCAUGAGGACCAGCGUUGAAGCAAUCCUACUGGUGCAAGAGCAUAACCAUCCUCACAUUCUUCUUUUGCAAAUUGGAAACACCUUUUGCAAGCUUCCUGGUGGCCGUUUGAAGCCUGGAGAAAAUGAAAUUGAAGGCUUGAAAAGGAAAUUGUCAAGCAAACUUGGUGCUAAUUCUCCUUCAUUGCAACCGAAUUGGCAGAUUGGCGAGUGUGUGGCUAUCUGGUGGAGGCCAAACUUUGAAACUAUAAUGUACCCCUAUUGCCCUCCACAUAUCACAAAGCCUAAGGAGUGUAAGAAGCUUUUCCUUGUUCACUUGUCUGAAAGAGAGUACUUCGCAGUACCCAAAAAUUUGAAACUGCUGGCCGUUCCCCUGUUUGAACUCUAUGAUAAUGUUCAGAGAUAUGGGCCGGUUAUAUCAACAAUUCCACAGCAGCUUUCCAGGUUCCAUUUCAAUAUGAUCCAUGCAUGAAACGUGGGCUUGCAGGUGUUUGUCUAUGAAAAUUUUAGACUAGUAGCUAUCCAUUUUAACUAGGAGUGUCCUGUUUGGCAGACUGACAUAUUACUCAAGCUAGUGCAGCCUAGGUUUGUAGUUUUCUCUGGCUUUAAAAGAGUUAAAGAAACAACGUGAUAGUAUGUCUGUGUGUUUUGAAGCUAUGAGGUGUGUUUACAGAUGUCAGGUUUAAUGAUGAGGAGAAACGGCAUUGAUCCUUUUGAAAUAGUCUCUGUAGUUGUUUUGUAGCUUUCCAGUUGAUUGGCUUGUGUUUGUGUUUACGUGUUUGCUUUCGUAACUCUAAUUUCGAAAAGAAAAAAAAAAUACAUGCUGAAGGGAUUCAUUUCUCCCCUUGCUUC